UAAAAAUUUUAUUAUGAUAAAUACAGUUUUUCUAAAUUAGACUGGUUUCUUAAAACAAAAACCGAAAAAAAUUCUGAAUAAGAAGUGAUAAUAAAUUUACAGUUAAUAUAAAUUCGUUAAUAAAUCAAAGAAAAAGCAGUGAAACGACGGAGUGUAGGAAACACGAAAAUCUUUGAAAAAUGGCUACCAAAUUUAUAACAAUAAUGCGCUAUCUUGGCGAGUUCUCGGGGUCAGCCUUAUUAGUGGCUCUAACUUGUCUUGGCUGUGCCGACGGCAGUGAAAUGCCGAAACUGCAAUACGGACUCGUUGUUAUGAUUAUCAUACAUUGCUUCGGUUUUGUAUCUGGCGGGCAUGCGAAUCCUUGCAUCACACUCGCCUGUUACAUGAUGCGCUACAUAUCGAUGAAGAUGGCAAUGAUUUAUAUGGCAGCGCAGUUUCUUGGCGCAUUAACGGGAUUCUUUCUACUUACCGCCAUGUUGCCCUCAGAUGCAAUUUCUAAUGAUUUGUGUCUGAUGAAACCGAAUGGCAGUUUGUCUUGGGAUCAAACGUUUGUCAUUGAGUCAGUGCUGACCACAACGUUGAUUUUCGGUUGGUGUGCUUUGUGGGAUGCGCGGAACUCUUCAUAUUUGGAUUCGGUUUCGCUGCGUAUUGGCUUUUUGGUGGCUGCCUGCACGCUUGCUGGUGGUCAAUGGACUGGUGCCUCUAUGAAUCCCGCAAUUGCACUAAUACCCGCAGUAUACCAUCAGAAACUCGACGAUACGGCCCUCUACUUGGCCAGUCAGUUUUCGUCGGGCAUUUUGGCACCUGUACUAUGGAAGCUGUUAUUUUCCUCGCGCAGCUUCUUCAAUAGCAAGUCUUGUUAAAUUUUCUGUGAGCGUCAAUCCCUAUACUGGAACUAUCAGUUGAGGGUUGUGUGAACUGUAUCGACAUAUGUAAUUAGAAGUAUUUCUUCUGUUGGCCUUUUAGUAUUUUAUUUAAUUGAGAAGUAAAUAAU